UUAGCCAGCUCGCUAACUAGUCGCACGAUUUCAGAUUCAAAAACUAAGAAAGACCAACAACAAAAUGCAAAGUUUAUUAUAUGUAAACGUGUGAACUGUUUAAAUCACCAAGUAACGUUACGGUUUGUUCAUUUAUUGCAAUCAUUUCGACCUGUCACGGACUUUGCCGGAUGUUUAUACUAGCUUCAUGGCUUCAUGGUAGAUCUCGUUCGAAAGCCCCUGGCAACCGAGCGUCACGACUCUCGCGAGACCGCGCGUGGGGAUAAGUUGAAGAAACAUGGCGACGUCUCAUUUACUGAAGAACAAAGGCUCCCUCCAGUUUGAGGACAAAUGGGAUUUGAUGCGGCCCAUCGUUCUGAAACUCCUUCGUCAGGAGUGUGUAUCCAAGCAGCAGUGGUUUGACCUCUUCUCAGACGUCCACGCGGUCUGCCUCUGGGAUGACAAAGGACCAGCAAAGAUUCACCAGGCUCUGAAAGAGGACAUCCUAGAUUUUAUCAAGCAAGCUCAGGCGCGAGUGCUCAGUCACCAGGAUGACACGGCGCUGCUCAAGGCCUACAUUGUGGAAUGGCGCAAGUUCUUCACGCAGUGCGACAUCCUGCCAAAGCCCUUUUGCCAGCUGGAGAUCACUCUGAUGGGCAAGCAGGGCAGCAACAAGAAGUCCACAGUGGAGGACAGCAUCGUCAGGAAGCUCAUGCUGGACACGUGGAAUGAGUCCAUCUUCUCGAACAUCAAGAGCCGCCUGCAGGACAGCGCCAUGAAGCUGGUGCACGCAGAACGGUUGGGAGAGGCCUUCGACUCGCAGUUGGUCAUCGGCGUCCGCGAGUCCUACGUAAACCUGUGCUCCAACCCAGAGGACAAGCUACAGAUCUACAGGGACAACUUUGAGAAGGCCUACCUAGAUUCCACAGAACGCUUCUACAGAGCACAGGCCCCCUCAUACCUUCAGCAGAACGGCGUGCAGAACUACAUGAAAUAUGCAGACGCUAAGCUGAGGGAGGAGGAAAAGCGAGCUCUGCGUUACCUGGAGACCCGGCGUGAAUGUAACUCUGUGCAGGCGCUCAUGGAGUGCUGUGUCAACGCGCUGGUGACGUCUUUUAAGGAGACCAUUUUGGCAGAAUGUCCAGGCAUGAUCAAACGAAAUGAGACAGAGAAGCUCCACCUCAUGUUCUCGCUCAUGGACAAGGUGCCCAGUGGCAUCGAACCCAUGUUGAAAGAUCUGGAGGAGCACAUCAUCAACGCCGGGCUGGCGGACAUGGUGGCGGCCGCGGAGACCAUCACGACCGACUCGGAGAAGUACGUGGAACAGCUCCUCACGCUCUUCAACCGCUUUAGUAAACUUGUAAAGGAGGCCUUUCAGGACGACCCGCGAUUCCUGACGGCCAGAGACAAGGCCUACAAAGCUGUCGUGAACGAUGCUACGAUAUUCAAACUGGAGCUUCCCCUGAAACAGAAGGGGGUGGGGCUGAAAACCCAGCCAGAGUCAAAAUGCCCAGAGCUGCUGGCUAACUACUGUGACAUGUUACUGAGGAAGACGCCACUUAGCAAGAAGCUCACGUCUGAAGAGAUCGAGCUGAAGCUGAAGGAGGUGCUCCUAGUUCUGAAGUAUGUCCAGAACAAGGAUGUGUUCAUGCGAUACCACAAGGCCCACCUCACACGACGGCUGAUACUGGACAUCUCGGCCGACAGCGAGAUCGAGGAGAACAUGGUGGAGUGGCUCAGGGAAGUUGGCAUGCCUGCGGAUUACGUGAACAAACUGGCCAGGAUGUUCCAGGACAUCAAAGUAUCAGAGGAUCUCAACCAGGUCUUCAAGGAGAUGCACAAACACAACAAACUGGCGUUGCCAGCUGACUCAGUCAACAUAAAGAUCCUAAAUGCCGGGGCCUGGUCGCGCAGCUCAGAAAAGGUGUUUGUCUCGCUGCCCACGGAGCUGGAGGACUUGAUCCCUGAGGUGGAGGAGUUUUACAAGAAGAAUCACAGCGGCCGGAAACUGCACUGGCACCACCUCAUGUCCAAUGGCAUCAUCACCUUCAAGAACGAAGUGGGGCAGUACGACCUAGAGGUCACGACCUUCCAGCUGGCCGUGCUGUUCGCCUGGAACCAAAGACCCAGGGAGAAGAUUAGUUUUGAGAACCUGAAGCUGGCCACAGAGCUGCCAGAUGCAGAACUGAGGAGGACACUCUGGUCACUCGUGGCCUUCCCCAAGCUCAAGCGGCAGGUUCUGUCAUACGAGCCUCAGGUCAGCUCCCCCAAGGACUUCACAGAGGGCACUCUCUUCUAUGUCAACCAGGAGUUUUCUCUGAUUAAAAACUCAAAAGUCCAGAAGAGGGGGAAGAUCAACCUGAUUGGCCGGCUGCAGCUCACCACAGAGCGGAUGCGGGAGGAGGAGAAUGAGGGCAUCGUCCAGCUGCGGAUAUUGAGGACGCAGGAAGCCAUCAUCCAGAUCAUGAAGAUGCGCAAGAAGAUCACCAACGCCCAGCUCCAGACAGAACUCGUGGAGAUCCUGAAGAACAUGUUCUUGCCACAGAAGAAGAUGAUCAAAGAACAGAUCGAGUGGCUGAUCGAGCACAAGUACAUAAAGAGGGACGAGACGGACAUCAACACCUUCAUCUACAUGGCGUAGCGCGGACACAAGGUGGAGGCGACGACGACGGCGGUGCAGAUGAAAAGGGGACGAGGUGUAGGAGAUGCUGCCUAAUGGACACCGUCAGGACUGGCAUCUUCACAGCGUCAAGUGGGCUUGUGUGUGCAACCGGAUCUGAGAUGGAUUAAUGACUGACAGUUACAGUCCAGUUACAGAAAUAUUUAAAUCCCUGCCUUACCUUGCGGAGGAAAAAAUGAAUAAAGGGACUAUAUUUUGCCGAUUCUAGUCCGUAUGCAUGGUGCCGUUCGUCUUGGUAUUUCGGCUUCACCCGCAGCAUGCUAUUCUUCUCCGGAUAUCUUGCGUUCAUAAGAGAACCCCAUGUGUGCUGUGUUGUGCACCCCCUCCCCCAUGCCCCCACAACCACCCAAUCACUCUCAUUUCUCAUCUGACUCCAACUCCAACUGCACACAUCUCAGGCCAAUGGGCAACCUAAAGUUUGGCCCCGACUCCUACAGUUAAUCCACACCCCUCUGCCAAUAAUCCAGGAAGAUCAGGGCAUACAAGAAGAACGUUAGCAUCGCGACUCUUCUCGAUCUGCCGCCUUGGCUUCAGCAGUGCAAUUUUGAGCCUUUAUGUGGAUAGUUGUGCUUCUCUCCACCCCAGAUGUCUGACAUUCUCCUCCACAUUCUCAAGGGAUCCACUGGUGUUUGAACAUUAUGUCGAGGGUAAAGACUUCUUCAGUAGAUACCUACCUGUUGUGCUGCAGGGUUCACGUUGCAGUGACAUGCCUUCUUUCGCUAUGAAAUCUGAUUACCUGAAAUCUUUAAUCCUCAAGGACACUGUUGAAGGCAUCUCUCCAACAGGAGCUUUCCCUCAUCUCAGUGGCGUCUCUCACAGAAGGCAUUAAAACAGUAGUCUGUCUUGGGUCUGGUGUUCUGGAAUUAUUGAGAAGUGAGGUCUUUCAGAUGAAUUAUUUCAGUCAACUUUGUUUUAGAUGCUUUUCUUACUCUAUCUGAAGCAGAACAAAGUGUGUGUGUUUGUUUUCCCCUCUUCUGUUCAGCCUUUGCCUAGAAACCUAUGACUGAGAGCGGGCUGUUUGCUACCAAGAAAGACAUUAAAAUUGCUAAGCAAUGUAAACAGUUAGAACAGUACACUUAAGAGAAUGCAUACCUUCGGUUCACACGAGUGCAAUAUUUUUGAGAGCUGCAGGUGAAGGGUUAUUGGUGCCAUGGACGUUGUUUAAAUGUCAGAAUGAUGAUCCCCCCCCAUGCUUGAAGAUGUUUGUCAGAGGUGUAUUCCUGUUUCAGAAGGAUCAUCGUGAUUCCUGGGAAUGAAACGCGUACCACCGACGGUGACACUUUUGGUAAAUUUACAGCACCGCGGUGCUGAGGUCUGUGGCGUGUAGAUUUUAUUUUAAUCAAACGCAUGAUUUUUUUUUUUAUGUAAUACAGCUCCAUUGAAAGUAGCCCCCCAACACUGAGUAUUUCACAGUCUUUCUAACUUUAUAUUAAAGCUACUUCAUAGGAGUGUCAUGCUCUCGGAAAGUCUGUAAUGCAUUCUGGUUUGGUGGUCUUUGUGUGUGGCCGGACUUUAUCAGUGCAGGUGGGCUUGAUUGUAGCGCCCUCUCCUGCCCCGGAGGACCGAGGAAUGUGGCCACAGCUGUCCUCGCACGGCUCUUUCUCACACUGCUGGAACUCGCACCAAUUUCAAAGGUUUAAUAUGUCAAUGAAAAUAAACGGUGAACCUUG